AUGGAACAGAGUCGAAAGACGAGGAAGGAGAUGCCGGAGGAGAUGCCGACUUUGAAGGUGUCUUCCUUUGAGGCACCUUUCCUUCAUUGGAUGACGUCCUUCUUUCAUUUAAUGAUGUCUUCUCUUCCUUUGCGAAAUGGUGACUGCUCGAGACGGAAGGUGCCUUCGGAGUUGGAAGCGCAGGAGCAUCAACUAUCUUGAAGGUCGUAUGUCGAGAACCAGACUUGACCGUGCUGACAGAAGAGCGACGAGAGCGACGAUCGUUGCCUCUUGAAGAAUGUUCGGACGUUGCAGUGGAACUUCCUGAAAUGCGGGCUUGGCUAUUGGGAUCGACAGAAGGAAGAGACUGGCCAGAGCGCGGAACAGAACUGGUAGUACGGCUAGAGAGCUCGGAUGUUUGUUCAGCCGUUUCAACGUGCGAGUCCGAGAGUAUGCCAGUGUGUUGUUCUGGAGAUUCGCAUCGAACAGGAACAGUUUGCAAGUCUCGUGAAGAGCCGACGACAGUAGAACUGUCGCGUUGUGCGGGAACAUCUGAAGAUCGAAUCCAGGGCGCACGCAUAUUGAAAGUUGGUUGCUCGCUGACUCGAUUCGAUCCUGGUGCGGUGAAGGCAUCUUCCACGGUUGAAAUGUGUGGACAGGGAAAAAAGGAGCCUCAAGAGGCGAAAGGUGUAUUUGUACAUGUUGUCCAAUAGCUUCUGGAUUAAACAGAAC